CCCCCAAAAAAAAAAGGGAAAAAGUCUUCCGGCCAAUUUCUCUCUCCCUUCCCCUUAACAGAGGAGGAAUGUGUUCAAGGAAAUUUGCCUAACUUGAGAAGCUUCCAGGAGGCACCCGCCCCUCUAUUUAAUUUACAACCUCUCUCUCUCUCUCUCUCUCUCUCUCUCUCUCUCUCUCUCUCUUCAGAGGUCAACAAGUAGUGGAAAGAAUGCGAAGAGGAAGAAGUGAACAGUCGUAUUUGAAUGGUUCAUGUGGUAGUGGUGGCCUAGAUUUGGUGUUCCAGUUUUCUUAGUCAAACAACAACAAGAAGAAAAUCACCCCUACCGUCAUUUUGUUGGUGCACAGAAAUAUCUCCCAAACCCUUUAACCCUACAGAUCCAUUCACGCUUCAAUCAACUACGUAUACACAAAUCCCUGCGUUUCUCCACUUUCAUAUUUCGUUUGCUCAUUCCUCUUCGAUUCUUCUAGGCCCAUAAGAUCGAGGAAUCUAAAGUAGAGAGGGAAAAAUCAUCAAUAUGCAACAAGUACGGACAAAGAUCGAAUGAAUUUCCGUAGCCAAGGGUUUUACGGUGAAGAAGACCAGAACCAGAUCACGAGUAAUAUUACUACGACAAGUGGUCCAGGUAAGCUCCCUUUCUAUUAUAAUUCCUCCUCUUCAUCUCAGCCUCACAAACACCAAAGGGCGACAACCACCAGCAGCAACAGCUGGUUGGAAAACAACAAGUACGGAAACCCUCGACGGACACCAUCAGCAGUAGUAGCAGAAGAGAUCUCCUCUACUAGUACUACCAGAUACUCCACUGCAGUUACAAAUCUGGAGCUAAUGGACGCAUCUCCAUCUUUUCUAAGACACAACGUUAACAGCGACGACGACGAUGUCGUCAUGAGGCGAGCAGAAGACAACGAAGGUGAUAAUAGUACUGCUGGAGUGGGCCAGCUGGUUAUGGAGGUGGAGAGAGAGCAUAUGUUUGACAAGGUCGUGACCCCAAGCGACGUCGGAAAGCUCAACCGGCUGGUGAUUCCCAAACAGCACGCCGAGAAGUACUUCCCUCUCGAUUCUUCCAGUAGCGACAAGGGACUCCUCUUGAACUUCGAGGACCGUAACGGGAAGCCGUGGCGGUUCCGCUACUCCUACUGGAACAGCAGCCAGAGCUACGUCAUGACCAAAGGGUGGAGCCGGUUCGUCAAGGAGAAGAAGCUCGACGCCGGCGACAUCGUUUCUUUCCAGCGGGGUUUGGGUGAGUUGGGUAAGGACCGUCUGUUCAUCGACUGGAGGCGUCGGCCUGAAAUACCCCAACAAGGAGGCGGACUACUAAUUCCCCCAAUUCCUCCUCAUCAUCAUCAACACUACUUAUCCUUCCAAAGGAUGCCCACCUAUAACCAACCUUCUGCUACUAGUCCCCUAUUCUUGCAGCCAAAUGCCCCCUUAAGGGACUUCUCCCACUACCACCACCACCACCCGAACGCCUCCGCCUAUGUUAAUCAGCCCCAGUACUCCACUAGUACUGGACCUUACGGCUACGGUUACGGAGGAAGCAGCGGUGGACCUUACGGAAGUUACAACACUAUGGGUAGUCCUAGCCACCCGUGUUCAAGCUCUGUAAUUUACCUAAGAUCAACGGCAGCGUCUCAUGUUAACCCACAACAAGUACAGGCAGGAAUGGUGCAAUUGCAAAGUAGUAGCGGUGGAGGUGGUGGGGGUAUGGAUAUCGGGGCGGCUCUGCCAAUGGUAUUUGAGUCGGUUCCGGUGGUACAAGGAAAAGCGGCGGCAAAGCGAUUGAGGCUGUUUGGGGUGAACAUGGAUUGUCCCAUAUCCGAGUCAGAUGAAUGCGGUGACGUAUUGUCCUCCUCUUCCUCCUCCACCACCAUGCCCAAUGCUAGUUCAAUGGCGCCGUGGCCUCACCCUCCUCACAAUAUUCAUCCCCUCCAAUUAAGGCUAUACAAUGGCAGCAGCCCACUUCCAGCAAUGCAUCCCGACAAAGGCAACGCAUCCAAUAAGUCCCUUGAUUUUGAUAUCUGAUCGAUUUAUUCAAUCAAUGGCAGGCCUAAUAUUCUCAUAGCGACCACAGAAUUAGCGUGCCCAAAAAUUAGAAGUACUUUUGGCGUGUGGAGCUAGAGAAGGUGAAGACGGGCAAGAGGGGUGCACUACAAGCUCAAUACUCAUCAUCGUAUAGAUAUCCUUUAUUUUGCCACUUAAAAAACGUGAAUAAAUAGCAAUCAUGGAGGAUCUGAUGGAAGCCACAUAUUGGGUGGUUGGAGAUUGAUCGGGAUCGAUUUGGAGAAGAGAAUAGGGUUCGAGUCUGAUUCAUUAUCUAGCUUAUUUUUUUUCUGUACAAUAAUUACAUAUACUAAUCGUUAUAUUUAUUAUAAUUUUAUAUAUAUAGGUUGGAGAUCCAUUAUGCUCGUGAUUUUAUGUUUUUCCUUUUGUAGGACCUGUGGAUCCCCCUAAAUAUGUAUCCAGUAAUCUACUUCACUAAAUCUUCAUAUUCCCUUUUGGGUUUCACCAACUGGCAA